AUGGGAUCAGAGAACAGUGCUCUAAAAAGCUAUACACUGGAAGAGCCUCUGUUCACCUUACCUUCUGGACUUGCUGUGUAUCCGGCUGUACUGCAAGAUGGAAAGUUUGCUUCAGUGUUUGUGUACAAGAGAGAAAAUGAAGACAAGGUUAAUAAAGCUGCAAAGCACUUGAAGACACUACGCCACCCUUGCUUGCUAAGAUUUUUAUCUUGUACUGUGGAAGCAGAUGGCAUUCAUCUUGUUACUGAGCGAGUCCAGCCUCUGGCAGUGGCCUUGGAAUCGCUGUCUUCGGCAGAGGUCUGCGCAGGGAUCUAUGACAUACUGCUGGCACUUACCUUCCUUCAUGACAGAGGAAACCUAACACACAACAAUGUCUGCCUGUCAUCUGUGUUUGUGAGCGAAGAUGGGCAUUGGAAGCUAGGAGGCAUGGAAACAGUCUGUAAGGUUCCUGAAGCUACACCAGAGUUUCUGAGGAGUAUUCAGUCAGUAAGAGACCCAGCUUCUAUUCCUCCUGAAGAGAAGUCUCCAGACUUCACAGUUCUGCCAGAGUCCCAUGGACAUGCCCGGGAUGCCUAUGCCUUUGGAACACUGGUGGAAAGUUUGCUCACAAUCUUAAGGGAACAGGUUUCAGCGGAUGUUCUCUCCAGUUUUCAACAGACCUUGCACUCAACUUUGCUAAAUCCCAUCCCAAACUGUCGACCAGCGCUCUGCACCUUACUGUCCCAUGACUUCUUCAGAAAUGAUUUUCUAGAAAUUGUGAAUUUCUUGAAAAGUUUAACAUUGAAAAGUGAAGAGGAAAAAACUGAAUUUUUCAAGUUCUUGCUGGACCGAGUCAGCUGCUUAUCAGAGGAACUAAUAGCAUCACGGUUGGUGCCUCUUCUGCUUAAUCAGUUGGUGUUUGCAGAACCAGUAGCUGUUAAAAGUUUUCUUCCUCAUCUGCUUGGACCCAAAAAAGAUGACGUGCAGGGAGAAACCUCUUGCUUGCUGUCAUUGGCCCUGUUCCAGUCCCGGGUGAUCCCUGUGCUUCUGCAGCUGUUUGAGGUUCAUGAGGAACAUGUACGGCUGGUGCUGCUGUCUCACAUUGAGGCGUAUGUGGAGUACUUCACUCAGGAGCAGCUGAGGAAAGUCAUCUUGCCACAGGUAUUACUGGGCCUGCGGGACACCAGUGAUUCCAUUGUGGCGAUUACUCUCCAUAGCCUGGCAGUGCUGGUGUCUCUACUUGGACCCGAAGUAGUUGUGGGAGGAGAAAGAACCAAGAUCUUUAAACGUACUGCUCCAAGUUUUACUAAAACUGCUGACCUUUCCCCAGAAGAUUCUCCCACGCACGUCGUCUGCAGCCAGCACAGUCAGAUCUCGCCAAUCUUGGAGAAUCCCUCCUCUAGUCUCUUCCCUAAAUGUUUCUUUUCUGACAACUUACCCAUCAGCAGCAAGAAGCACAUACAGCAAGACUACUACAAUACUGUUUUACAGAAAGGUAAUCAGUUUUUUCAGCAUACUAAAUUUGCCAUGAAUGGAAUCCCAGAUGUAAAAAAUAUUUCAGAGAACAGUGAGAACUUACCUUCAAGUUCCAAAAAGUUGGAAGAGUGGCCUGAUUGGAGUGAACCUGAGGAGUCUGAAAGCAAAACUACCAACAUACAGAUUUGGCCGAGAGAGCCAUGCGAUGUUGCCAAGUCCCCAAUUACUGUGAAGGAGGAGUCCUGGGAUGACUCUGACCCCAGCAACAUAGAUACUAAAAUCAAUCUCAGAGGUGGAAUCCCUGCUACAAGACCUGUUACCUCACGAGAGCAAGAGCCCAUUCCUGCUUUGCUUUCACUCACUGAAGAGUCUGGGCCUUCGAAAUCAAGCCUGUCAUCAAAAGCCAGUCUUAAUCAAAAUGCAGAUGAUCCAAACCACAAUCCACCGAGAGUGUCAACACAAGAAAGGCCACUUAAAGUUCCGUCGGAACAUGGUUUAGGAGAGGAGUUUACCAUCCAGGUUAAAAAGAAACCAGUACAAGAUCCUGAGUUAGAUUGGUUUGCUGAUAUGAUCCCAGAAAUAAAACCUUCAACUGCUUUUCUUAUUUUACCUGAAAUGAGGACAGAAAUGAUGGUUCCCAACAAGGACGAGAUCUCACCAAUGAUGCAGUUUUCCUCAAAAUUUGCUGCAGAAGAAAUUACUGAGGGAGAGGCUGGUGGCUGGGGAGAAGAAGGGGAGCUGAACUGGGAAGAUAAUAACUGGUGA